AUCUUGUGUGAUUGUUAUUGCAUUACUAAUCAUCAGUUCAAGUCAUAUUUGAAAACUUGACUGGACUCAGAAUGAAAUACACGGCAGGUUCUGUGACGGUGCUGUGUGCCUGGAUGGUGAUUAAAAUGCAAAGCUUGGAUGCAAGACAUACGGCAAAGAAACAUGCUGCUGCUGCUGUUUCAUGCAGACCGAAAGAGCUGACAGCCCUGACCAAAAGUUUAGUUGAAGAGAGCUUGACAGGUUUUGAGAAAGCCAAUGGGGGCCACCUUGGCACUUGGCCCCCUGGCUUCCCUGAGCUCCAGGACCACCAUAUCCAGGGGUCAAAAGUUCAGUGCAGCCUCCUCUUCAUGUCUCAAGGUCUGAAGGAAGUCCUGAAGGACCAGAAGAACAACCUGAAUCCCAAAGAUGUUUCCCUUCACGAGAAGCUCAAUUACACCAUCUCCAGUGUCGACAUGCUCGCAGCGUGUGCAAAUGAUAUUCUUGGAGAGGAAUGCUCCCCGAAGCCACCUCCACCCAAUAUGCCCAAUCACGCGUUUGGGAGGAAGCAGUGGAGUCACACUCUGUUGAAGACAGCCAGGGACUAUCUGAACUGGCUGGAGAGUAAGUUUCCGGUCCAAAUUUCAAAGGUCAAAGACAAAAAGAAGAUAAAACAUAAAGCCACCGAGGCAACACAUCAGAAGUACUUGCAGGGGAGUGGAUACCUCUUGUAAUCAAGAGCAGUUUGUGAUGCAGAUUACAGUUUAUGGCAGCUUUUCUUUAAUGGUGAAAGAUUUUACCAAGAUUAUUUAAUGCUUAUUAUAGUUAUUAGUAAUGUAUACAGUAUGUUAACAUGCAUUUGGGACAUUUGAAAAUUGUGUCCCACUUUUCAUAAUUUUGUUUGAAUAAAUGGAUGAAUUUGAUGCAACUGUUUAUAGAAGUUGUAUGCCAUUUUGGAAAGUAGGCAUAUUUGCUUUUUUGCUGAGAGAUGAGAAGAUCAAUAUCACUCUCAUGUCUAAAGGUUUUAUCAAUCUUCUCAUCAAACUCAGCAAGGUAGCAACAUUUUAGUAUACAUCCCAAAAUGUCAAACUAUUACUCCGAAAGCUAUAUCUGAAUUGGCUGUUCAAAUAAACCUGCUAGUUACAUCGUUCCCAUGUGACUGCAAUUAAUCAACUUGCCAAAGAGGCAAAUUAAAAGGCGCUCGAAUACAAUUCCUAAUUACGAGUUUGUUUUCUCAGCCUUCACAAUGAUUAAUUGUUAGGCUUUGGCCAUCUAUCCCUUGUGUGCGGGCUACGUUGCCUGAGGUAGAAAGAGAAGCUGAUAAGAAUCACCUUCACAGAGAGAGCCACCAGUCUGGACUCCAAUCACUGUAUUGAAAUUUGUGGACAGAUGGACAGUGCACAGCAAGGCAGAUAAAUCUGUCAAACUCCCAUCAAAGCAAUGCAAGAGAACAACUCUGUAACAAAGAUUAAUGUGGGCCUCGCCCUCCUCAAAUUAGGUGAUCAAUUAAUAUUCAAU